GAUGUCUGAAGCCGUCUGUAGUAAACAGGGCGUGUAAUCGAGAACUAAAUCAUCGAUUCAAUCAUGGCGGACCCCAAACAAGCAAACCAGAAAAGUGUUAAAAUAGCUGCUGGUGCAGUGGUGUGUGUUGAGAGUGAAAUAAGAGGUGAUGUCACCAUUGGGCCGAGGACGGUGAUCCACCCGAAAGCCCGGAUUAUUGCAGAUGCCGGUCCCAUCAUCAUAGGAGAAGGCAACCUGAUAGAAGAGCAAGCUCUCAUCAUUAACGGUUAUCCUGAGAACAUCAUGCCUGACACGGAGGGAUAUGAACCCAAGACCAUGACGAUAGGCACCAACAAUGUUUUCGAAGUCGGCUGUGUCUCCCAAGCGAUAAAAAUUGGAGACAACAAUGUCAUCGAGUCUAAAGCUGACGUGGGCCGUAACGUGAUCCUGACUAGCGGCUGCAUCAUCGGCGCGUGCUGUCGGCUCAACACGUGUGAGGAGAUUCCAGAGAACACGGUCAUCUACAGCUCCAACUGCAUGAGGAGAGUACAGACCGAGAGACCACAGCCCCAGACUCUGCAGCUGGACUUCCUGAUGAAGAUUUUACCCAACUAUCACCAUCUGAAGAAGACGCAGAAGGUUAACCCGACUCCCGCCCGGACCUGAAUUCAUUGCGCAUCACAGCUUAGCUCUUCUAAAGGCUAAAAUAACAUAUAACCUAUCAGUUUGGCUUCCUUCAUGUGCCAAGGUUCACUACAGUCAAAAACCUAUUAAUUCUGUGCUGUCUUGUAUUCAACUCUGAUUAUUUAUUGUUGUCUGAUAUUAAAGGCUUUCUCAUCUAUCUA